CAUCCAUUUGUUACCUCUAUAAAACCCAACCCCACCUUUCCCUGCCACAUCCUCUAUCUCUAUUCCCACCACAUUUUGAGAGAGAGAGAGAGUUCUUGCUAGGACUCCUGCAAUGGCGCCUUCCAAUGUUUUUGCUGCGAGUUUCUUCCUCUUUCUCUCGAGCUUGAAUUUGUUGGAGGCUCAGAUGGUCCCAGCCAUGUUUGUAUUUGGAGACUCUCUUGUAGAUGUGGGCAAUAACAACUACUUAAAGCUUUCACUUGCCAAAGCAGAUUUUCCCCACAACGGCGUCGACUUCCCCACCAAAAAACCAACAGGGAGGUUUACCAACGGCAAGAACGCGGCGGACUUCCUCGCUGAGAAAGUGGGGCUGCCAACUUCACCACCAUAUCUAUCCCUGCUGUCAAGCUCCAACAAGAAUAACGCAUCGUUUCUAACUGGUGUUAGCUUCGCAUCCGGAGGUGCAGGAAUCUUUGAUGGCACGGACGAACGUUAUCGUCAAUCACUACCUUUGACGAAACAAGUAGACUACUUUUCAGCGGUGUGCGAGGACUUGAAGAAAAAGCUUGGAUCCUCUGGUGCACAAAAGCUUUUAUCCAAAUCUCUUGUCGCCGUUGUGAUUGGAAGCAACGAUAUCUUCGGUUACUCCGACUCUGAUCUCCACAAGAAUAGUACCCCACAGCAGUACGUCGACUCGAUGGCUCUUGCACUAAAAGGACAAUUAAAGCGUAUACACAGUUACGGUACACGUAAAUUUGUGAUUGCCGGUGUUGGGGCAAUCGGGUGCUGCCCGUCGCAGAGGAAUAAGAACAAGACGGAAGAAUGUAAUGAAGAAACAAAUAACUUGUCAGUAAAAUACAAUCAAGCCCUUACCUCAAUGUUGCAGGGAUUGAAAUCAGAGCUCAAGGACAUCAACUACUCUUACAUCAAUACCUACAGUCUCUUGCAAAACUUCAUCCAGAAACCAUCAACUUAUGGAUUUACAGAGGUUAAAGCUGCAUGUUGUGGGCUAGGGAACCUUAAUGCCAAAGUUGCUUGCCUGCCAAUUGCGACCUAUUGCUCCAACAGAAGAGAUCACGUCUUCUGGGACCUAUACCAUCCUACAGAGGCUGCUCAUCGCAUUAUUGCUGAUAACAUUUUUGAUGGCCCUUCACAAUACACAUUUCCGUUGAAUGUGAGACAGCUAGUUGCAGUUUAGAAUCAAACAUUACACAGCCCUGCCAAAUGCUACCUUCGUAAUGCAGAAGCGUUUACAAAAUUUGUCACCAAGAUGUCGUAUCUGUGCGUGCAAAGAGAGAGUUAUACCAUAUCGUGUAGCGUAGCAGAAGAAAAGAAAUCUGUAAAAGAAAAAUGAGAGCUUAAAAAACUACUGUUACUAUUUUAAGUUCUACAUAUUUCAGGAUACAAUUGUAGCCAAAAUCCAAAAGCAAUUAGAGGCAAUGACACGCGUUAGGACA